UUCCGCCCUCAUUUCUUUAAAUAUCCAGCAGCAGCGCCGUGGACCGUGACAGUGGAAUUAAGAAGGGAUGCGUUAACUUAUAUUCACGAACAUAUGUAAACAGCAUUUAAGUUUAACUACGUUGUUUUUUCACGCUGCAGUCGCGUUUUAUUCCUCUAACAUGGAGCUGGACCGGCGACUGUUGCUGGCUCACUGCGCGGUUCACGCCCUUUCUAUAGCGGCCGGUCUCCUGGUGGUCGUUCCCAUGGCUCUCAACGGCUCUGCGUUUAAAGGCCGCUGCGCGUUAUUUUCCAGCGGCUACUGGAGGACCGAGGACGGGAUCAAGUUGACAGAUGAGCCGGGAGACGCCUCCUCACAGCUCAUGGUGCAUCAGUGGGGCCCACUGGCCGCCUGCCAGUUCUCCACCUUCGUGGGUAUUUUCACGGUGCUUUACGGUGCAGCUCAGGGCUGGAGGUGUCUCUUCUAUCUGCACGGGCGACACGACGACACCCUGUUUUCGUCCUUCCUGACGGUGCUGUUGAGUGUGUGCAUGCUCUUCCUGUCUGGGGGAGCCAGUGUCCUCUUGUCCCUCGGCCUGGCCUCAUGGUGUGACACUGUAACUGAUAACAACUCACGACCAUACAGCUGUGCAGAGUCUCAGUCUGUUUCAUUUUUCCUGGACGUGGACACCUCAUCAUUCUACACAGAGCUCAGUUUGGCACAGGCAUCACUUUGGUUUGUGACAGCUCUGUGGUUCGUUCAGUCCCUUCUGGCCUUCCUGCGGCUCUACCACUCCCACAGCCAGCACAUCAGCGGGCCGUGUCUUCCACGAGAGAAGGAGCUCCUUCUGGAGCACAGUCCUUCAGAGAGCAGCACACCAACACCUCCUCACCUUCCACCAUCAUCCACCAUCUUGGUUUAAGUCAGAGGGACAGAGGUUGGUUAUGUAAGGAAGAAGAGAAUGAUUUUCUCUGUUAUCUAAGUUAAGUCACCAUGGCUGCUCAUGUCAACUCCCACAUCUUAUGCAUGUAGUAAAGUACUGUUUUAAAUGUGGAGCAUUUCAUUACGUUGUACGUAAGUAACUUUACGUAUGGAUGUGUCUUUAUUUGUUUGUU